AUGUGUAUUCGUGGAUGCGGUCAUGCACGGACGCUCUUCAAGAUAUGUGGUACAGAAGAAAAGCCUCCUCCUGCAACUGACCUCGUGAUGCAGGCAGUCGCAUCGCACCAAUGCCUACAACAAGAAGACGUAGAACGAGAUCCCAUCGAUGCCUUUUUACAAUACACUGACAACUCUAUACCAUCAAGAGGAGUCCAACAAGCGAAGAUAGUACUCAACAAGAUCGCAAACAGUAAAGCCAAGUUACUGAAUCCUCGGCGAGCUUGGGUGGACUAUCGCACGAAAGCUUCAGGUCAAAAAAGCUCUCCUCGGUGGCUAACACCAAGUGAACUGAAAAAAUUCAUCAAGGACAGCUCUACAAAUGCCCUCUCCAAUACAGACGCGGUCCGUCGUUUGAUAUUUAUCCAGGAAUUGGAUCGUGGUUUCGUUUGUGAGAUUGCACGGUCCUCAUCUUGGAAUGAAGUUUCGGCCUUGAGACUCGCAAUACGCAGCCACCUUGCACGUGAAACUUGUAUCAAGGUGCGCAUACCGUACACUGGCUUCACUACCUUCCAUCUUGAAUUCAGUCUACCGUACUUAGUCUUGGAAGAACAAGGCUGUUCAAAAGCUUCACAAAUCGAGAACGGGAGCGCAGCUGAACUUCUGAAGACAAAUCUCUCCUUUUUGAACGUUGGGUCGCAAAAAGAUGGCUACGCUGCUCGAUUCUCUAUUUGGAAAGUCCAUGAAACUGUCCUCAUUUCUGGUUGCGAUAGCUCGGAAUGGACUGGUUAUGCUUUUUCAUCCUUCAAGUCUUCAGCUGAGAACAUGAAGGAAGAAGAUGAGUACGACAGCAAUGGGGACGAAGAUUUCAAUGAUGAAAUGCCAAACGAAGAUCUUUUUGCUACAGGUGGCACUGAUUACGAUGACCAUCAGGUGCUAGAUGCUAGUACGCCGAUAUGGGACCCCAGAGUGUACUUUCUAACCGUCUUCGCUAUCCGAAUGCAGAUAAUCUACGAAAGGUACGAGUUCCUUAUUAGUACCUUUAUAUCAGGGGUCGAAAACUGGAUCUCACAUUCGAUAUACACUCCGUUGGACUCCUUGCAAACACCGAGCCCCAAUAUUGAAAUUAAAAUUCUGAAAGACAACAUCAAGCAGGUUUGGCUAGUGUUACAUGAAUUGAGUACAUGUUUGUCGCAUACCGUAGCUGUGUGGGAAAGAUUUCGUAGUAUUGAUGGAGAUGUAGAAUAUUUCUCUGACAUCAAGGACCGGAAGGCAAUACUUGCUCUCAAAAAGACCAAAGAGAACUUUCACAAUCUGAAAUUCGAGCUGCACCAGUUGGAACUUCUGAAGACGACCCUGGAAGACGCUACCAAUACCCUUCGACUGGAACUGAUGGACCAGGUCAGCAUAUCUGUUAAGGAAAACUCGAGACAUAGCAUGGAUCUCAGCAGGCAUAGUAGACUUAGUCAGAAGUUUGUUGAGGAGAAUAUUAAAAUCGCAAGGGCGAAUGUACCGCUGGCCCAAGUAACGGCAUCAAUUGCCGUCGCUCUGCAAUACUUUUGUAGCGAGCGCAACUUUCUCUCAAUCGACCGCAGCCCAAAGACAUUCGUACUGUCUAUUCCCAUGGUACUGAUUAUCUUGUCAUUCGUGGCACCUUGCGUUCAAAUGUUGCAAUUGGUAUUAAGCACAUUACCUGCAUUGCUCGCAAGGAUCCCAGUUUUUGGAAAGAUCACAGAAAGUUCAGUAUUCAAAAAAAUCGAUAGAUGGAUGAGUUGCAUGUACCCUGAAGUUGACGAAAUCGAACUUUGCGACAUGAAACGCUAUGAUCGCCCAGUGCCUGCAGUAGGCUCCUGUUCUUGUGGCCACCAAUGCGCUUGA